GGCGCAGCAGCUGUCGUGAUUUUUUUGUUAUCAGUAAAUCAUAACAUUUUAAUUUUGAAAUUUUUUUGUUGAUAGUCCUAAAGAAUUCGUAACUGGUAUUUACUGUUUAUUUUUUGCACUGCAAGGCAUAUAAACUAGCAAUACCGUUAAAAACUUAAAACUCAAUCGGUUUUCAUAUCUAUUCGUUUGGAGAUUAUUGGAAAUCGCUGUGCAAAAUCUUAUAUUGUUCAUCAUUCCAAACGGCAGAAGUGCGAAAUGGAACCAAUGGCUCUAGGAUCACCAUCACACGACAGUCCACAAAAACCUACCUAUCUUCCUGGAUACUUGAUGGGCGAACGUGCUCAAUCGCCGAUCGGUAAUGUUUCCAUUAGCACCAUGUCUCCAUUACGUGCAAAUCGUAGCCACACCUCAGAUGUACACACUACGUUUUUAAUGCGCAAUUUUCAUCAUGAACUAAGUGAUAAGCCAUCUUCCACUCCUAUCUUAAAUAGAGUCAAUGAUGAACCAACAAAAGCUCCGACAAUUGAUUUAUUUGAUACAAUCAAUACUUCCGACUAUAGAGAAGAACAGUGUAACAAUAAAGAAAACAAACAAUUUUACUCUGAUAAAAACAAUCUGUUUGAACAACCAAAAGCUGCUGCGGGAUGUUGGAUUACUGUUUUUGGCUAUUCAGUUUCGAACAAAGAUGAAAUAUUAUCUAAAUUUAUACACAUGGUAUCUUGUUGUGAUGUGAGACAAGCAGGGCCAAAUUGGGCUCACAUAUGUUUCAGUGAUUCUACAGAUUAUCACCGUGCUCUAUUGUUUAAUGGUCAUGUAACCAAUAAUGGAGCUAUGAUUGGAGUUAUUCCGUGUAAUGAUAAGACAAUCUUAAAUGAAAAUAUCAGCCCUAUUGAUUCACAUCCUGGUCCAAGUACUGAUAUUUUAUCAAAAUCGCUGCGUUCACCAAUUUUAGGUCAACAAUUCUCAAGUCCAAAUGAUUCAAUUUCUAAAAGAAAUAAUAUUAGACCAAUGGCCAUAAAACCUAUGCCUAUUCAAGGACAAAAUAACUCUCCUUCAGCUACAACUUCAAAUGGUAUUGUUACAAAAACUUUGGAAUAUUUGUUUGGUUGGUAGGUAAGAAAUUUAAAUAUGUGUAUGACAAAAUCACUAGUGGAUUUUCAAACCAUUGUUUAUAUUUUAUUAUUUUAAUACAUUUUUUUUU